GUCAAAUAAGGCGCGCCAAUAUAAUAAUUUUCAUGUUCGUUACAAUGUCAUCUCUUCGUAUUUUGAGCUCACAAGCCACUAAGUUGGUGUUAUAUGUAAUAAGUGCUUUAAUAUCAUUGGUGAUUAAUACUAAUGUAUGUUCUGCUGAUGUGGUACAUGAUUUUAUGGACGAUCCUGCCAUUACAAACUUUGCAGCUGUUAUCUGUGUACUUAACUCGCACAACGAUAGGUUUGUGUCCAUAAGUUGCCCCGAUAGAGUAGGAGAUGUGAAUUAUACAUGGCAUCCUAGGUCAUCAAAUGAUUCUUACAUCGAGCGAAACGCCUAUAUAAGCAGUCAACAUGGCUUGGAAACACGCCCAGUAUCAGAGAUAAUAAUUAGCGAGAGCGUUGCACCUAUAUGGAUCUUCGAUAGGGGGAUAAAUUCAACCUCCUUCAAUAUUUACGUUCAGAGAGAUGAGCAUUAUAUAAUGACUGAAAACAGGUUGAUGUUACUUUGUGGCCCAGUAGAUUUAGAACUCACACCUACGUUAGUAUCAUACUUGACUAAUACUGUAGAUUUGGAUCAUUCACAUACCAUCCGAAGAAACACUUAUUCUUCAUUAACAAGAGCUUUGGAUAAGUAUAGUUCAGGGAUUGGUGUUGUAUAUCUACGCCGCAAUAGUUUUCAUCAUCCACUUAUGGGUUGUGGUAGUAGAGCAUCACCUCUCUUUAGGAAUCCGAAUGAUGUCAUUAUAGAUGAAGCAACAGGGUUACGUACAUGUGUGGUCGACCCAAUGUCUACAUUACCUAUAGGAUUUCUCUGUGAAGGAGAAAUAGAACCACCAGAUUGUUUUAGAUAUUUAAUUAGCGACAAUAAUUACGUACACCAUCCACUUGUACAUCGGUAUAUGACCGCUUAUAAUGAUACUUUGCUUAUUGUUCAGCCAUUUGUUUAUCUGGCCUCACCGCUCAUAGAAGGUUAUUGUGUUUGCAGGGAUCGUGUGAAUUCCGAAGUUGUCGCUAAACUUAUAGUAAAACCCCGUUAUGAAUAUGUUUGCGAUAUCAAUAAUAUGCUAAUGAAAAAUCGAUUAAAAUACAUCCGACAUUUCUGGUGUUCUUUCGUUCUUCACCCCGGGAGCAAUGUUACUAUAAAAUUCCCAGCUGAUUCUGAUAUUAUAUUAGAUGAUGACGGAGACGAACAAAUAGAAUUGAAAGAUGAUACACCACCUAAUUUAUUUUAUACAACCUUUAAUCCAAGUAGUUUGAGAAAGUUACGUAUUCUGGGUAGUAGUAAGUGGAACAACCACGUACUUAAAAGGCAUUACAGUGAGAAAUUAGCUGGUGAUGCACUCACGUUAGAUGUAUCUAAUGCUAGAAAAGGAGUUGUAAAGUUAAGCUAUGAUAUUAACAAACCAUUAACAAUGAUAGGAAGUUACGAUUCACUUUGUUUCUAUUGGCGUUUGUUGCCUCGUGUCAAUUAUCCGUUUGAACAUAUAUUUGCCACCAUUAGAAUUACUUUAUCCUUGACCCACCCAUAUGAUGUUGUUGGUUGUGAAACCGGGGAAAUGAGAAUUUUUGAUCCUCAGUCGGCCAGGAGAAGGUGCGUAUGGAAAUCAUAUACUGGUAUUCGACGUUUUUAUCGUCAAUGCAUCAUUCACCACAAUUCGGGUGUAAUUCGAACGGGCAUAUAUUGCAAACCUGGUGAGAUGCUGAUGCCACCAAAUUGUUCAGAGAGUGCGUUCGAUCUCUCUACGGGAGGAUCACUGCCUUGGCCACCAUCUAUCACCAACAUGCAUAUGAGAAAGGUCGAUGGUCUCCAAAUGUUUAAAUUUACAAUAAAUCCAAUUGAAGUAUUUAGUUUGAGUUGUAAUUGCAUCACCGAUAGAGGCAUCGCAACAUCUCAAUUGAUUUUGGAAUCAACCUAUCAUGAACACAAUGUUUUGUUAAUUAGACCACUUUUUUCAGCACAGAGAAACGAACGACAGAUAUAUGUUAAUAAAUCAGACAUUAUUUAUGAUCCUUCUCCUUCUGAUGACUUUUUAGUAAGUAUAAAAGUGAAUCAUGAAGGCAGAUCAAUUAGCCCCGGAAAUACAUAUAGUUAUGAAUGUCGAUAUGUAUAUGGGAGCGCAUUAUCGAGAGAAUGGUCUAGCAUUUUUGGACAGCGUUAUAUAGAAGGAUCGAAUUCAUGGCUGCCUAGAAACUUAAGAUGGAGCUAUUUCGAAAAAAUACGCCGCGGAUCCACAUAUCAUCUACGCGGAGUCAACUAUAACGAAUACAUUACCGGUGAAAAAAAUACACUGGUUGUUAAAAUAAAGAAGAAUAUCGGCGAAGACAACGAAAUUCUUGAAUUUAACUACCGUUCUAGUGGCAUAUUGAUAUCUAAAGACCCCAACAAUGCGAAUUCACUAUCUUUCCAUUAUCUAUGUGGCCUCCGACCAGAUGUGGGAUAUGGAUUGGUAGAUAGGAUAUCAGAGGUUGACAGGGAGCGGCUAAACAUAACUGACCUCCGUUAUCCUAGUGGUACAUACAAACUGUUAGAGAUGGUCGUAGUCACAACUGAUCCAUAUGUCCAUGGAUGUGGUGUCACAUUCACUGGUGAAGAAAUAUUCAAACCAGAUACCGUGCAUAUCACUGAUGCAAAUGACGGUUCAUCUGGGUGUCAGGUGGACCUCAGUGAACAUCGAGAGUGUGGUUUUUACUGCCCGCCUCCCUACGUCAUUGACCCUCCAUUAUGUUUCCAGGAGGUAUUAGUAGAUGGAGUUGUGACUCAGCUCAGUGACAUUAGCGACUCCAUGGUAUACCACAAGUCAACUCACUUUUCUUUGUUAAGUCUACAUCAUUCCCACAAGCAAUCCAACCAAGAGCCAAAGAUGUCUCCUCCUUUGCAAUGUCGUUGCCUUUCUAUAACCGGUGAAGUUAUUUCUACGAUCAACAUAGUGAACUACUACUCAAAUGAUUCGUUCAAAAGACCCAAGGGUCUUAUGCGAGUCUAUCGUCAUAUACUAGACGAGUUGUUUGGGCAAUAACCCAACCAUGAAGGUGACCCAAUUCGUGCAAC